AUGAAGAACUCUUCUUCGGAUAAUGUGUUUUUCAUUGAGAGCGAUGAAGAAGGUGAAGACAGGGAGUUCGGAAGAGAUGAAAUGGAUGGAAAUGAAUCGGAUUACUCCAAUGACUCAAAUGACAAUCAAGUACAGAGAAAACCAAGUUCUUACAGCAUGGCGUGGCCUCAAAGUUAUAGGCAAUCCAUUGAUCUGUAUGGUAGUGUGCCAUCGCCGAAUAUAGGAUUUCUCGGCACUUCAUCGCUCACACUCGCAGGAUUAGGAAGUUCUUUUCUUGGUUCAUCCUUGACAAGGAGGCAGACUGCUGAAUUUAUACCUCCGCUGAAAAAGCCUCUGGUACAACCAGUAGAUGAACAACAGCGAAAGAGCUCGAAAACAUUGCUUCCUCCUCAUCCAUCGAGGAAGUCUUCAAUGCGGAAGGAUCCAUCAAAGAUUUCUCAUGAAGUUCAGAUUCCUAGCCAAUGCUCUUUUGGACAAGCUGUGCUUAAUGGCAUAAAUGCCCUCUGUGGUGUUGGACUCCUUUCAGUCCCUUAUGCUCUUCAACAAGGUGGAUGGGCUGCACUUUCAGUCUUGCUGAUAUUUUCAAUGUUCUCCUUCUAUACUGGCUUGCUGUUGCGCUAUUGCUUGGAUAGUGAACCUGGACUAGAGACAUACCCUGACAUUGGCCAAGCAGCUUUUGGUACCACUGGGCGUGUUAUCAUUUCGGUAAUAUUAUACAUGGAAUUAUAUGCUUGUUGCAUUGAAUACAUAAUUCUUGAAAGUGACAACUUAUCUUCGUUAUUUCCAAAUGCACACUUGAGUUUGGGUGGAUUUCAAUUGAAUGCACACAUUCUAUUUGCAAUAAUUACCACAUUGGCUCUUCUUCCUACCGUUUGGCUCCGCGACCUUCGCAUUCUAAGUUACAUAUCGGCUUGUGGAGUUAUUGCGACGAUUGUUGUGGUUCUAUGCUUGUUAUGGGUUGGCGUGGUAGACGAUCUUCCUAUGCAUACAAAAGGAACAACAACACUUAAUAUUUCAACAUUUCCUGUUGCUGUUGGUCUCUAUGGUUACUGCUUCGCUGGACACGCUGUCUUCCCCAACAUAUAUACAGCUAUGGCAAAUCGAAACCAAUUCCCCGCAGUUCUCUUGAUAUGUUUUGCUAUUUGUACAACAAUGUAUUUCUCAGUAGCUAUUGUGGGAUACUCAAUGUUUGGAGAAAGUACAAUGUCUCAGUAUACGCUUAACAUGCCCCGGGAAUUGGUUGCCUCCAAAGUUGCUCUGUGGACUACGGUGGUUAAUCCAUUUACCAAAUAUGCUUUGAGUCUAACUCCAGUAGCAAUGUCUGUGGAGGAAUUGAUACCACCAAAUAAUCCCCACUUUCAGUUAUACUCCAUCCUCAUCAGAACAGCGCUAGUGGUUUCUACGCUGCUCGUUGGUCUUUCAGUUCCCUUUUUCGGUUUGGUUAUGUCAUUAAUUGGGUCUUUGCUCACAAUGUUUGUUUCUCUUAUUCUACCAGCUGCUUGUUUCCUAAGCAUCAAGCGUAGCAGAAUCAAGCGCUCUCAGGUAGCACUUUGUGUUGCAGUGAUUAUAGUAGGCCUUGUAUCAUCUGCUUUUGGAUCAUACUCAGCAAUCUCGGAGAUUAUUAAAGAAUUGUUUGCAUGA